CGUGGCUGAGGGAAGAUGGCGGCGCCCGUGGCUCCGGCUGAGCCCCAAGCUUCCGGGGCUCCCCAGCUCCCCGUGUGUCUCUUGGUGUUGGGAAUGGCGGGGUCCGGGAAAACUACCUUCGUACAGAGGCUCACAGGACACCUGCACAACAGAGGCUCCCCACCUUACGUCAUCAACCUGGACCCAGCUGUGCAUGAAGUCCCCUUUCCCGCCAAUAUUGAUAUUCGCGACACAGUGAAGUAUAAAGAAGUCAUGAAGCAAUAUGGACUUGGGCCAAAUGGUGGCAUAGUGACCUCACUCAAUCUCUUUGCUACCAGAUUUGAUCAGGUGAUGAAAUUUAUCGAGAAGGCCCAGAACACAUUCAGAUAUGUCUUGAUUGACACACCCGGACAGAUUGAAGUGUUCACCUGGUCAGCUUCUGGGACCAUCAUCACCGAGGCCCUGGCAUCCUCAUUUCCAACAGUGGUCAUCUACGUGAUGGACACGUCCCGAAGUACUAACCCGGUGACCUUCAUGUCCAAUAUGCUGUAUGCGUGCAGCAUCUUGUACAAAACCAAGCUGCCUUUCAUUGUGGUCAUGAACAAAACCGACAUCAUCGACCACAGCUUUGCAGUGGAGUGGAUGCAGGACUUUGAGGCUUUCCAAGAUGCCUUGAACCAAGAGACUACCUACGUCAGUAACCUGACUCGCUCCAUGAGCCUGGUGUUAGAUGAGUUUUACAGCUCCCUCCGGGUGGUGGGUGUCUCUGCUGUGGUGGGCACCGGCUUCGAUGAGCUCUGUGCUCAGGGCGCCAGUGCUGCCGAGGAGUACGAAAGGGAAUAUCGGCCUGAAUACGAGCGCCUGAAGAAAUCACUGGCGAGUGCCCAGAGUGAUCAGCAGAAGGAGCAAUUGGAGCGUCUUCGGAAGGACAUGGGCUCCGUAGCCCUGGACACAGGGGCCGGCAAAGACAGUGUCUCUCCUGUGCUGGACCCUUCUGACUUGAUCCUGACUCGAGGAACCUUGGAUGAAGAGGAUGAGGAGGCGGAAAGUGACACGGAUGACAUUGACCACAGAGUUACAGAGGAAAGCCGUGAAGAGCCAGCGUUUCAGAACUUCAUGCAAGAAUCAAUGGCACAACAUUGGAAGAGAAACAAGUAGCCCAUCCCACUUGUUCCUGAGUCUGACAUGCUGGGUCUCCACAGAGAGGUCCUUCCUGGGAGUCAGGGCUGCAGGCAAGAGCAGUUUCUCCAGGAUAGUGACUUCUUUGAGGGAAACCGGACUUAGAUGAAGUCAGGGUUGAAGCUGGAGCUGGCAGGUGGGUGCCCAUCCUUGGGAACUUCUCCUGGUAUUUAUACAAGGAAGUGUGUUCUCACCGCUCUGGAAACUGAUAACUGUUGAGCCUAAAACUUGGAGUUGUAUUGUUUGAACUCAAGUACUUGCUGCUGAUGGGACAGUUCUGAAGACGACUUUGGGUCUUGACCAGGCUGGACUGUGGACUCAGCUUCUUUAGCACUGUGCUUUUGCCUCUGUUCUUAAACAGGAUGGGAGGGGACAACCUCAAACAGAGGGGCAGUGCAGUGCCCUUGGCAGCCAGAGCUGGUAUGAGAUGUGCUCUCACGAGCUAACAUUAUAAAGAGUUCUGUUUGAAGGGUGACUUGGAUAAAGUUUUUAACUUUGUGGUAA